AUGGGUGAGCUCUCAAGCGCGGAGCAGGUGAAGCUACUUUGUAGCAUUCCCGGAAUACAUCACAACGUAGUCAGCUUUGUAGAUACUUUGAAUGCUUUCGUCAGUGAAGCCAGAAACAACGAAGUGCGCCUCCAGCGGAGAGUAGACGAGCUCGCCGGCCUGGUCUUGGAUUUAAGGCAAGAAAUGAAGUCAUUGAAGGAGUCCGCCAUUAUGGCAGUCAAGCAACCAUUUUCAAAAAGCGAGCUGGGCAAGGAGAUCAAGAGUGCAGGGGAUACUGGACUCCUGCCUGUCAGUGUCAAGCCCGUUUUCGGUGCUACUGCUGCCAACGCUGGGCCUAACCAGGACACCCUACCGACCGCUGCAGGUAGUGUUGAACCUGAAACUGGCAACACAGAGCGAGAGGAAGUGGAUGCCAUAAAUGACGACAGCUGGCAGCUGGUCGCUGCAGCCCCACCAAGACGCCGGAGAGCAGUAGUGUUUGUUGGCAAUCUUAGCAGCACCUGCACAAUGGAGGGUCUCACGGAGUUUGUGCACCGCCGGUCUGUAGCAGCCACAGGGAACAUCAUAGAUGUCCACUCAUGCAAUGUACACACGGCAGCUAGCGGCAAAGUAUCCGCCAGGGUCACCAACGAUGCAGCUUGCCUGGCCACUGUGACCGCUGCCAACUUCUGGCCUCGGCCUCUCUACUGCAGGACAUGGAAAUUCAAUCCACCCAAGAAGAGCAGCGGCAACGACAAGGCCCACAGCAGCAGUGAUGGUGGCAGUGGCGACGGCAACGACAAUGCCCACAGCAGCAGUGACGGUGGCAGUGGCGACGACAGCAGCGGAAACGACUGUGGCAGUGGCGGCAGCAGCAGCAGUGACGGUGGCAGUGGCGACGGCAACGACAAUGCCCACAGCAGCAGAGACGAUGGCAGUGGCGACGACAGCAGCAGAAACGACUGUGGCAGGAGCGGCAGCAGCAGCCGCCGCAAUAGCAGCAGCGACAGUUCUCCCAAACCUGGCGCUGAGUUAACUCGGACCCCUGGGCAGAAGUCACGACCCCACCAGCGUGGUUCUCCCGCUGAAGACCAAGCUGCAAAGCGCGUGGCUCCAGUCAGCAAACAGUGA